AUGACGGUGCGGGGCACCUGGCCAGGAGCCCCAACGGUGCGCAUAGAAGCUUUGGAGGCAACCGACAAAGUAGGAAGCACCGGCCCGUACCAAACUACAGAAUUUGCAAGAAAGCUGUGGUUGGAAAAUGAAAAUUUGGCAGACGACCGCUUCGAACGUGAAGGAGGAGACGAGGACGUCGGAAUUCUUGUUGGAAUGGACCAAAUGUUCAACAUCAUGUUCAACGAGCCAGCAAUUACAAGCCCGUGCGGACUCAGAGCCUACAGUUCGAAACUUGGAAAGGUCAUCGGCGGCCAAGAAACAACAUCGAAGCAAAGUCAAUCAAUUGUCAGUCAACUACUAAUCAAUUCAAAUUGCUCUCUACCACAGAUCACCUCACAGCCAUCAGAAAUUUUUAACAGUAUCCAAUCAAACAAGUCGGAAAGCAGGGAGACAGGAAAUUCCAGUCUCCUUCCACUACCAGAAAAUUCUGAACAAAUCUGCUUUCUCGACUCAUCAAAAGAAAGUAAAAGGUUUGAAAUGGAGAAGUUAAAUUUCGCGAACUUAAACGACUGCGUUGCUGUGGAGAAGGACGAUCAAUUCCGCUCGUUCUGCGAAGAAAUCACGCGAUUUGAAGACGGCAGAUAUUGCACGCCAAUACCAUGGACGACUGACAGAUGGAGACUGGAAAUCAACCACCAGAUGGCAGCAGUAAGACUGAGAAGCAUGCUGCACAAGCUCCGAAAAUCUCCAGUCGACUUGGCCAACUACACAAAAGAAAUCGAACAACUCAUAGCAAACGGAUUUGUAGAAGAUGCUGAUUUCAAUUACGAUGGCCUCCACACUUAUCUACCGCAUCAUCCAGUCUACCGAACCGACAAGGCCACCACAAAAAUCCGACCAGUUUUCGACGGCGCCGCAAGAUCCAAAUAUGGACCGAGCCUCAACGAUGUUCUGGAGACCGGACCAAAUCUUAAUCCUGAUCUCCUCUCGGUCUUAAUGCGCUUCCGGAUGAACCGGAUCGCCUGGAUUGCGGAUAUCGAAAAGGCCUUUCUCAACAUCGCGCUGCAGCCCGAAGACGCUGAAGCUGUCAGAUUUUUAUGGCCAAGAAAACCGGAAGAACCCAACUCCGAUUUCAUCGCGUACAAAUGGAAAAGAGUUCCAUUUGGGCUAAGUUCAAGUCCAUUCCUUUUAAGAGUCACUAUUAACAAACAUUUGCUCUCAGUCAAAUCUAGAUUUUCUACGACAGUCGAGCAGAUAGAAGAGCAGCUUUACGUAGACGACUACCUCGGAGGAGCAGACAACGUGCCAACAGCCAUAACUACGGUAGAAGAAACCGCCACGUUAUUCUCAGAGGCCCAACUCAACAUGAGGAGCUGGGCAACCAACAACAAGCAGCUCCGUGACUUUCUCACCGAAAAAGAAAUGUCGAACCAGAUUGUCGGAAUUCUUUCACUCACAAUAGACGGCCAACAAAAGGCACUGGGUCUUAGAUGGGACACGAGCUCAGAUUCAUUUAAAUUUGACCCUACAACUAUAAUGGAAGCAGCCGUGCAGAUAGGAGAAAAAAUCACCAAAAGAAAAGUUCUGAGCAUAUCAGCAAGGAUAUUCGACCCAAUUGGUUUCCUAGCUCCUACAGUCUUACUUUUAAAAAUAAUUUAUCAAAAACUUUGGGAAGGAGACAUAGGUUGGGACGAUGACGCCACACCCGAAGUGAAGAACACCUGGAGCAGCAUCAUGAAAGGCCUGAAGGAUCUACAUCAUUUGGAGAUCCCACGAUGGAUUGGAUAUUCAAAAACUUCCAUCGUCUCCGCAGAAAUUCACGUGUUCGGCGAUGCAUCAGAAGCAGCCUACGGAGCAGUAGCCUACGCACGGCUCCGGCUGGAGAACGGAAUUCCUUACACCAUCCUCCUUGCAAGCAAAACCAGAGUGGCACCUCUCCCAAAAAAGAAAGUAACGUUACCCAGACUCGAACUACUAAGCUCUUUGUUAGCAACUCGUUUAGGAGAGAAAAUCCGAACCUCCCUUCACACCGAGUCAUGGAAAACGACUUACUGGACAGACUCCCUCGUCACACUUGGAUGGAUACGAGGAGAUCCUUAUCGAAGGAGACCGUUCGUGCGAAAACAGGUGGAAACCAUCAGAAAAUUUUCCAACGCGGAUUGGUGGAGACAUUGCCCCGGAUUGGAGAAUCCAGCCGAUCUCGCUUCGCGGGGAGCGCCAGCGCAUGCGCUGGUGGAAUCGAAACUUUGGUGGCACGGACCAGCCUGGCUGACAGAAGGAGAAAGCGAAUGGCCGAAUUCUCCAGAAAACCACUCCACCGAAACUCAAGAGAAAAUCGAGGAAGAGGAGACAAAGAAAACGGCAACUGUCUCCUUUGCAGCAGUCGUCCCUCAGCCUGGGUCCUCAGAGUACUCAACCGUAUGA